AGUCAAUAUGUAGUCUGUACAUAUGUUGUCAUAACUGGGGAAUUCAAGUUCUCGGUGUUUCGAAUUAUUAAAUAAAACAAAAACUGUGUGGAAACUAUUUUAGGAAUAAAUUCGUGUGAUUAAAUGAAAUAAAAUAAACCUACAUUAAAAACAUGGUUGAUUACAGUAAGUGGAAGGAUAUUGAGAUUUCCGACGAUGAAGAUGAAACGCAUCCAAACAUCGAUACUCCGUCAUUAUUUCGAUGGCGUCAUCAAGCGAGAGUAGAGAGAAUGGAAGAACGGAAGCGCGAAAAACAAGAACACGAACAACGUAAAGCGGAGAACUUAAGAAAAAUCAAUGAGACAAAGAAAAAGAUAGCCGAGGCUGCACCUAACAGCAGUGAUGUAGAAUCCUUAAAAAAGGCCCUUGUUGAGCUUGAAAAAGAAGAAAAAGCAAUCCUAAAUAAGGAAGAUGAACUAAAAAAGAAAGAGAAAACAACUCCAUGGAAUGUGGAUACCAUAAGUGAACCAGGCUUUACUAAAACAGUAAUUAAUACUAAAGCAACACGGUCCAAGGAAGAAAACUUGACAGAAGAAGAAAAAGAAGCUAGAAUGAAAAAGUUCAUUGAUGAAAAUGAAAAACUUUUGAAGAAGUUUGGUAUGUUGAGAAAGUAUGAUGAUUCAAAACAAUUUCUGCAACAGCAUAGUCAGUUAGUUUGUGAAGAAACAGCAAACUAUCUUGUCAUAUGGUGUAUCAAUUUGGAAAUGGAAGAGAAACAUGACCUAAUGGCACAUGUAGCACAUCAGACCAUAUGCAUGCAAUACAUCCUGGAGCUUUCUAAGCAGUUGGAUGUUGACCCUCGGGGCUGCGUGGGAUCCUUCUUUACAAGAAUCCAAGUAGCUGAAAAAACGUAUAAAGAUACAUUUGAUGACGAGUGUGAACAGUUCAAAGCAAGAAUCAAGAAACGUGCUGCUGAAAAGAUCCAGGAGGCUAUUCGUGAGCAAGAGGAAGAAGAAAGAAAAGCUCGACUGGGCCCAGGUGGACUUGAUCCAGUUGAAGUGUAUGAGGAGUUACCUGAUGAAUUAAAAAAAUGUUUUGAUGCUCAAGAUAUACCCAUGCUUCAAGCGACCAUAGCUAAGAUGCCAGAGCAAGAAGCUGUUUACUAUAUGAAGAGAUGUGUAGAUGCAGGUCUGUGGGUGCCUGGAAAGAAUGAUGAAGUCCCAACUAUGAAAGAUAAUGAGGCUGAAAAAACAGAUAAGAAUGAAAAAGAACCAAUAUACUCUACAACAGAUGAUGUAGAUUAAGCUUUUUUGUUCACUUUUGCUUAAGUGUAACAUUUUUUUAAUAUAAAAACUGUUUAAAUCUAUUAGUGGAUUGGACUGUGAAAUCUGAAUGAAAUUUAUGUUUAUAUACUAGUAUUAAGUUUUGGCUGCACAUCUUUGACUGCUCUACUACAGCUGCACUGUUUAGACCUUAAAACCAAAUUUUUAUCUUUAAGCAGCUAUAGUAUUUCAACAUACACCACAUAAGUUAGGAAGUUAAAUUUAAUGAAACCCAUAAGGGUAACAUUGUUCUGUAAUUGCACUAUAUGCCAAUAUAAAGGUAAUGAGACCUACCUACCAGAUAUUUGAUUUUGAUACACUUCCAUUGGCACCAAUAACUGUUGCUAGUAUUGAUUCAGAAUUAAUUAAAGAGAUAAAUUGUACACAACUGAAUUUAAAACAAAACUCGCACUUUGUUUAAAUAUUCAUUUUUGUAACAUUGUCCAUGUUACACGUAAGUUUUGCCAUUUUAGGUCUUAGUAAAGUUUAAAACAAAUGUUAUUUAAAAUGUCUGGUACACUUUUUGUAGGAUUUUUUCAAGUCAUAUAUUAUUGAAUGUUCUAGUUGGUUAAUUUCACCAGUACUUCCAAUAAAUAGACUGAUGUCUCGAUAAAAACACCAACAUAAAGCAAUGUUAAAAUAAUUCUAAUACAAAUUAGCCUUGAAUAAAACGCUUGUAGUGUGUAAAUUCUUAUUGUGUAAAAUAGUCAAGUUCGCAUUUUUAAUAAAGUUAUUCCUAUUAAA